AUGCCUCCACCAUUCGAAAUUGAGAGCAAGGCCGUUAAUUAUUUACGCGUCAUUCCCACCAUCAACCUUCGAAAGAACCCCUAUAGACCAGACCUUGCCUUGCAGCUUGAGAAUAUCCGGAUUGAUUUCUACUUGCGCAGCUAUGAUAAAACUAUUCAAUUUGGAAUCACAGAUACGCAGCAUCCAACCGGACCUCAGUUUGACCUCAAGCUGAGUGUCAUAACAAAUGAGACAGGCGAUAGGAUUUCUCCCCCAUUGUCUCCAGCUAGCGAAGACGCAGCAACUUCACCAAGCGAGAUCGCCAGUAAAAGCCACAAUGCUAAACACCAAACCGAAAUAAAAGCUUAUCUUCGGUUUAUUAAGAAAGGUCAUGAAACUAUCAAACAGCUUGAAGCUUUUCAUCAAUACCGCAAUGAUAGGGGUAAACUCAUAUUAGCCCAAUUUUACAGGCUUUGUGACGCUGGCACUGUCAAACAAUUUCGUGCAGUUUACAAAUACCGUCAAAAACGGCCACCCGAAGCAUUUUUGUGGAAGCUCUAUCACAGCGUUAUUGAUGCUCUGGCUUUUCUCCACAAUGAUCAUCCGAAGUACGAGAACGAUCCUUUACACAAAGGGCGUAAGUCAAUCAUCAUGCCAUACUUAAAAGCCGGGAAUAUAUAUCUUUCAUGGCCCGAGGGCGCGUCGCCAAGUCUCGUGUAUCCGGACAUAAAGUUAGGAGACUUCGGAGAAGCAAGUUUUGUUGAUUUCGGAGGUGGAUUUUCAGAGGACAUCUCCGACAAAGCCGACCUUGAUUACAAGCAUAACCCUCCCGAAUUAACUUGGCGGAGUGCCAAAACUGAUAUCUGGCGUGCUGGCUCAAUCAUAUACUCCCUAGCUUCUCUGAAAAGAACAACCACUAAGAGAGCUAUUCCCAAAGACAAAAAAUUUGCAGAUCUCACGGAGGAACAACAGACAUUGAUUACAAUGGAUCCCAGAAGGGUCCAGCCCAUCGACCAUCUGUACAGUGGAGAAUUUGAAGCCAUGCUUCAAAGAUCCUUAGUGCUUGAUCAUAAGAAAAGGCCAUCCGCCAGAGAACUGUUACAAGAACUCCAAGGUCCGGCCACAGAAAGAGAGCUCAAUAUGGACUUGUUCAGGGCACUGCCUGAAUGGAUUGGAGACAAAGUAAUCCGAGGGGUCAAGAAAGAUUUCGCAAAAGAAUACAAUUUCUCACAAGAAAGGCUCAAGAAAUUACUCCAGCCCGGUGGAUUGGAAGCAGAGAAAUUGUUACACCGGAAUGAACUAGUAGCUAAGAAAAACCAGGAAGCUGAAAGGGAAAAACGAGAGACGGCACUGUAUUUGCUGGGUGAAGAGAACCCAACAGCAUUUGAGAUGUUUUACGAUGAAUGGCUACCCAGAGAGAAAGAGAAAGGGAAUAUACUCGAGAAGGGGGGGGAGGAAGUUGAUCUUAUCGAAUAUACAGAUGAAGUUGUCAAAUAUAUAAAGGCCAGAAACAGAGGGAUAGAAGCCGGAACGUGGGUUGAUCCAGGUCCAGCUUGGCAAGAAGUCAAGAAACUCGGACAAGAACCCGAACCAUAA